AUGAGGCAUGUAUCCCUGAACUGGCUGAGGGGCGUGUCCAUGCUCCUGCUGCUCCAGAUGGCCACUUCCAUGGUGAUGCUUCCUAACUCCACAGGCUGGCAGAAGAUUCUGGACAAGUAUCUGGACGAAGAUGGGGACUGGUGGGAAGCUAAGCAGAGGGGGAAGAGGGCCAUUACCGACAGUGAUGCUCAGCUCAUUCUGGACCUUCACAACAAGCUCAGAGGCCAGGUCUACCCUCCUGCUUCUAACAUGGAGUACAUGGUGUGGGACACAGAGUUGGAGCGUACAGCGGAAGAAUGGGCUGAGACCUGUUUGUGGGAGCAUGGUCCUGCUGGAUUACUGCCACAGAUUGGACAGAACCUGGGAGUGCACUGGGGAAGGUAUCGUCCACCCACAUCCCAUGUGCAGGCCUGGUAUGAUGAAGUCAAAGACUACUCCUUCCCUUACCCUCAGGAGUGUAACCCCUACUGCCCCUUCAGAUGCUCUGGCCCAGUCUGUACUCAUUACACACAGCUGGUCUGGUCCACAAGCAGUCGGAUUGGCUGUGCCAUCAACUUGUGUUAUAACAUGAAUGUGUGGGGACAGAUUUGGGCCAAAGCUGUCUAUCUUGUCUGCAACUACUCACCAAAGGGAAACUGGUGGGGCCAUGCGCCUUACAAACAUGGCACCCCAUGCUCUGCGUGUCCCCCCAGCUAUGGAGGUGGCUGCAAGGACAACCUCUGCUACAAAGAUGACAGUUCCUAUCCUCCACAAGAGGAAACGGAAGAAAACAACUUCAUCGAGCAGGAGGCCCCCCGUACACCGCAAAAGCCAUGGUUGCAGGCCUCCAACUCUGAGCCUCCCAGUCUCCCUGCCCCAGCUCCCACCAAGCCCCCCACAGAGGACCUGCAGAAAAAUGAAGUGGUCAACACACAGCAGAUGUCUCAGCUUGUGAGCUGUGACACUAAGCUUCGAGAUCAGUGUAAAGGAACGCCAUGCAAUAGAUAUGAGUGUACUGCUGGGUGCCUUGAUGCUACAGGAAAAGUAGUUGGAACAGUAUACUAUGAAAUGCAAUCCAGUGUGUGCAGAGCUGGUCUACAUGCUGGUGUCAUAGAUAAUGAUGGAGGAUGGAUGGAUGUAACAAGACAAGGCAGAAAGGACUUUUUCAUCAAAUCCAACAAGAAUGGAGUCCAUUCAUUAGGAAAAUAUCAAAGUGCUAAUUCCUUCACAGUUUCCAGAGUCACAGUCAAAGCCAUCACAUGUGAGACCACAGUUGCACAGCUGUGUCCUUACCAAAAGCCCACAAAGCACUGUCCAAGGUUAUACUGCCCAAGAAGCUGUUUAGAGGAGAACCCUCACAUAUCCAGAGUUAUUGGCACCAGAAUAUACUCUGAUAAGUCCAGUGUAUGCCGGGCAGCAGUCCACGCCGGGGUCAUCAGGAACAAUGUGGGUGGUUACAUUGAUGUGAUGGCAGUGGACAAACGAAAACACUACAUUGCUUCAUACCAAAAUGGCAUUUUCUCAGAGAGUCUUCAAAACCCUCCUGGAGGGAAGGCGUUCCGAGUGUUCGCUGUUAUUUGAGUGCCCCAGAGGGCGGCUUCACCAAACAGAAAGUGCACUUGGGCUGUUGAAUAGGCGGUAAUCAAGCCCUGUUGUCAAACUCAAUGAGUGAAAUGUUUCUGGCUUUGCUACACUUCAGGGGUUAGGGGUCAUCUCCAUGACAGUGUGAACCCAGCAACAAAAACUUGACACAUACACAAUUAAGAACCUGUUUCUAUUCCCUUCCAUGGAAAUUUAAUUUUGUCAUCCUUAGCGAGAAAUUUUAUAAACUGUAAAUAUCUCUGAAUGGUUUGCUACAGUAAUAUUUUGUUGUACAUAUAUGUUAAUAGUAUCACACGUUUUGUGCCAUUGCCUUGCCUUUUUAAAAAAUAGCUCUGUAUUAAGGAUGACUAUUAUUUUUAUUGUCCGGCACAUUUUUACUGGUGCUCUUGGGAGGUUACUUGUCAUAUUUUUUACUUUUUAAUGAUUGGAGAACAGAUUGUUAUACAUUUAUUUUUAUAUGAUUAUACUUUACGUCGAUAUGAUUUAUAAAGGAUGCUGCUAUAUAUUUUUUUGUAUUGUUAUUGUAAUUGCCAGUGUGAUGGAUUUUUUUUUCUUUCUUUUUUUUUUUGCAGAUAAAUUGGUUUAGUUUAAACUCCCCCGCAGGUCGGGAAGUACACUCAACUCCUUUACAGUUGACAUUCCUAAAACAAAACUUAUGUGCCUUACUUUAUCUUGCAUUGAAUUUUACUGGAUUGUUUUCAGGUCAUAUCUGUUCAUCUCCUUUUGCCAUGAUAAACAGAAACAAUACUAUGCAGCAGUUUUAUUUCAUGCAGUAUUUUGGGGAGUGGUGACUGUAAAGCAACAAAUAUACCUGCUCAUAUUUUUUACCAGCUCUCAGCUUUCUUUCAAGCUGCAAUCUUUAU